AAAAAAAAUCCCACAACUUCCGGUUAAGUUUGAGCUCUGCGCGGGUCGAGGGCAAAACACUCGUCUCAGGACUUCGCUCCUCUGUUCCGAGGCAGCGGGGUCAGCCGAAGAGAAAUGUCCAACCUAGAGAAAACAGACAUCCAAAGAAAACGUCCUCCGCCCGUUAAAGUGUUGUCCAGCCAGCUGAGGACGGCAGGGGCCCGUGGAGACGCUGACUGCGAGGAGGGAUGUGUCAUCAGGCCGGGCAGGGGUCGCUCUCUGCACGUCUCAUUGGUGUGGAUGCAGGGGACAGUCCUGGAGGUCCAGCUGGACAGAAACACCGUGCUGUUGAUGGAUGAGACGGGAACUUUUACGGUUCAGGGCGUCAACAGUAUCCCCAAAGGGAAACCAUGUUUGUCCCCAGGCAAAUAUGUCAUGGUGAUGGGUGUCAUCCAGGCGGCGUACCCGGAGCCGGUCAUCCGUGCCGUGAAGAUGGCAGACCUCUCUGAACUCGCUGCACUCCACAGGCGGAUGUGGAAGCUGGAGGUGGAGGACCUGCAGCAGGUGCUGACCUGAAUGCAGAGCUGCUGUUGCGGUGCCACACCCGUCCUCGUUGGGUGUGCGGUAACGGGAGGGACUCUUGACAAGUGCGAAAUGACAUCAAAUAAUUGAACAGAUCUCGGAUUAGGAUGCAUUCAUGGUAACAAAACAUUUCUCUGUGCUUAGUGUUUGUAAUGACUCCAAAGAGGCAAGUCUUCUUUAUAUUUAUUAUUCUGUGUGCUGAGGUUCAACAAAUAUUAAAAUGAUUCAUUUUCUAGUA